AUGAUGGAUCUGUCUGAAUUUGGAGAUGCCGCCGCCUUCCUCAGAAGAAAGAAGUCUGACCCUCUGUUACAGUCCUCAGCCUUUGAUGGGAAGAAGAAAUGCUGGGUUCACCAUGGGAAGAAUGCUUAUAUUGAGGCUGAGGUUAAAGAAAGUGAUGGUGAUGGAAAAGUUAUUGUAGAGACUAGAGAUGCAAAGAGUCUGAGAAUUCAAGAGGACAAAAUCCAACAGAUGAACCCUGCACAAUUUGAAAUGACUGAAGAUCUGUCAAUGCUGUUUUAUCUCAAUGAAGCAUCUGUGCUGCACACCCUGAGGAGACGUUAUGACAACUGGAUGAUCUAUACAUAUGCAGGUCUCUUCUGUGUGGCUAUAAACCCUUACAAGUGGCUCCCUGUGUAUCAGAAAGAGGUCAUGGCUGCCUAUAAAGGAAAGAGGAGAUCCGAGGCUCCCCCUCACAUCUUUGCUGUUGCCAAUUGUGCCUUUCAGGAUAUGCUUCGCAAUGGAGAGAAUCAGUCCAUACUCUUCACAGGAGAAUCUGGAGCUGGAAAGACAGUGAACACCAAACUGACUAUUCAGUAUUUUGCCACCAUGGCAGCCAUAAGUGAACCCAAGAAAAAGCUGAGGAUUUUAGAUGAUCAAGUUGUACAAAUGAAUCCUAUCUUGGAAGCAUUUGGAAAUGCCAAAACUCUGAGAAAUGACAACUCUUCUCGUUUUGGAAAACUUAUUAGGAUGCAUUUUGGUGCAAGAGGCACACUGUCAUCUGCAGAUAUUCAGAUCUAUUUUCUCGAAAAAUCUCGAGUGGUUUAUCAGCAGCCUGAAGAGAGGAACUUCCAUAUCUUUUACCAAAUUCUAUCUGGAAAACAAGAACUUCAGGAAAUGCUUCUGGUGUCCACAGAUGCCUCUGACUUUCACAUUUGCUCCUGUGGAGUGGUUGCUGUGGAGAGCUUGGAUGAUGCUGAGCAGUUUCUGGCCACAGAGAAAGCCAUAGACAUCAUGGGAUUUCCUCCCCAUGAGAAGUUUGGGUGUUAUAAGCUUGUUGGAGCCAUCAUGCAUUUUGGAAACCUGAAAUUCAGACAGAAUCCCAGAGAAGAGCAACUGGAGGCUGAUGGCACAGAAAAUGCUGACAAAGCUGCUUUCCUCAUGGGUAUUAAGUCUUCCGAGUUGGUAAAUGGCCUGAUAUACCCUAGAAUCAAAAUUGGUAAUGAAUAUGUUACCAGAAGUCAAAAUGUACAACAGGUAACCCAUGCUGUUGGUGCACUGUCUAAAUCAAUAUAUGAAAGGAUGUUUAAAUGGUUAGUGGCACGUAUGAACCAGGUCCUGGGUACCAAGCUGUCAACCCACUUCUUCAUCGCUGUUCUUGACAUCACUGGUUUUGAAAUACUUGAAUACAAUAGUCUUGAGCAACUCUGCAUCAAUUUUACCAAUGAAAAGUUGCAACAGUUCUUCAACCAGCACAUGUUUAUUCUGGAGCAAGAAGAAUACAAGAAAGAAGGCCUUGACUGGGUAUCCAUUGACUACAGUCUGGAUUUGCAAGCUUGCGUAGAUCUUACUGAGAAGCCCAUGGGCAUUUUCUCCAUCCUUGAAGAGGAAUGUAUGUUUCCUACGGCUACUGACAAGACUUUCAAGACCAAACUCUUUGAGAACCAUUUUGGAAAGUCAGCUUACUUCCAGAAGCCCACAUCUGCUGAGAAGGAGAACUUCGAGGUUCACUUUGAACUUGCUCAUUAUGCAGGAGUGGUCCCUUAUAACAUCAGUGGUUGGCUUGGAAAGAACAAAGACCUUCUUAAUGAAACAGUGGUGACUCUACUUCAGAAAUCCUCCAACAAAGUCCUGGCGAAUCUCUUUUCAAAUGAUGUCUUUGCUGGCACUGCUACACAGUUUGGUGAGAAGACACACAAGAAAGGAACAUCAUCUCAAUUGAUUACAUCUCGGCAUAAAGACAACAUAAAUAAAUUGAUGACAGAUUUGAAAUCAACAGCACCUCAUUUUGUGAGAUGUAUAAGUCCCAAUACUAACAAAAUGCCAGGUGUAUUGGACCCUUUCUUGGUUCUGCAGCAGCUGCGUUGUAAUGGUGUCUUAGAAGGGAUUAGAGUAUGUUCUGAAGGGUUUCCAACUCGGAUGCUAUAUGAUCACUUUAAGCAAAGGUACUGCAUUCUAAACCCAAGGAUCUUUUCAAAGAACAAGUUUGUGAGCAGCAGAAAAGCAACUGAAGAAGUACUUGAGUUCUUGGAGAUAGAUCAUUCCCAGUACCACUGUGGAGUCACCAAGGUAUUUUUUAAAGCUAGCAUUCUGGACCGGUUAGAAGAAAGAAGAGAUGAGAAAAUAUCUGAAAUCUUCACUUUGUUCCAAGCCAGAGCACGGGGAAAGCUGAUGCGUAUUACAUUCCAGAAGAUUCUAGAAGAAAGGGAAGCACUUGUUUUGAUCCAAGAGAACAUAAGAGCUUUCAUGGCUGUGAAGAAUUGGCCCUGGAUGGGGCUCUUCUUCAAGAUCAAGCCCCUUGCUAAGUGUGUAGGGCUUGAAGAGGAGAUCAAUGGGCUGAAGGAAGAGUGUGCACAACUACAGAAGGCUUUGGAGAAUUCAGAAUCCCAGAGGGAGGAACUGAAAACAAAGCAAGUCUCCCUUGUCCAAGAAAACAAUGAUCUACUUCUUCAGCUGCAGGCUAAACAAGAGACCCUGGUAAAUGCUGAGGAGCAGUGUGAGUCACUGAUUAAAUCCAAGAUGCAACUGGAGGCCAAAGUCAAGGAGUUAUCUGGGCGGGUGGAGGAAGAAGAAGAGAUAAAUUCUGAGGUGACUGCCAGAGGGCGGAAACUGGAAGAUGAAUGUUCUGAGUUGAAGAAAGAAAUCUAUGACCUGGAAACAAUAUUGGCGAAGUCAGAGAAGGGGAAGUGUGCAGCGGAGCACAAGGCCAGGAACCUGGAUGAUGAGGUUCACUCUCUCAAUGAGGAAGUCAUCAAACUUACCAGAGCAGUGCAGGCUGCUCAGAAGGCCCAGGAGCAGACCCUGGAGCAUCUGCACACAGAGGAAGACAAAGUCAGCAACAUGAGCAAAGCAAACCAGAAGCUGGGCCAGCAAGUUGAUGCGCUGGAAGGUGACCUUGAGCAAGAGAGGAAAGCCAGAAUGAAGUGUGAGAAGGAAAAGCGCAAACUGCAGGGCGAGUUAAAAAUGAACCAGGAGGGUGCGGAGAACCUAGAAAGCAGCAGACAGCAGCUGGCAGAGCAGCUGAGGAAGAAAGAAUUAGAAAUGGGUCAGGUGAAUUCAAAAGUGGAGAAUGAGAAGAACCGGGUGUCUCAGCUUCAGAAAAUGGUGAAAGAGCUUCAGACUCAUAUACUAAAGUUGAAAGAGGAACUGGAAAAUGAAAGGACAACUAGAGCAAAGGUAGAAAGAGAGAGAGCUGACCUCACCCAAGACCUAGAAGACCUGAGCAAGAGGCUGGAGGAGGCAGGGGGCACCAGUCUGACUCAGAUGGCAAUAACCAAGCAACAGGAGGCAAGAUUUCAGAAGCUUCGCCAUGACAUGGAAGAGACCACGAGGCACUUUGAGGCAACUUCUGCCUCCUUAAAAAAGAGACACGCAGAGAGCCUGGCUGAGCUUGAGAGCCAGGUAGAACAUUUACAGCAUGCCAGGCAGGUGCUAGAACAAGACAAGAGAGACCUACAGCUACAAGUGGACAACCUUCUGACCCGGGUUGACCAGAUGGCCCGAGCUAAGGCAAAUACUGAGAAACUCUGUGAUCUGUAUGAAAGGCGCUUGAAUGCAGCAAACACAAAACUGGAUGAGGUGACUCAGUUGGCAAAUGAUCUAACAACACAGAAGACAAAGCUACAGAGUGAGAGCAGUGACUCCUUAAAAAGACUGGAAGAAAAAGAGGCUCUGAUAAGCCAACUUUCCAGGGAAAAGAGUAACUUGACUCGGCAAAUUGAAGAACUGAGGGGGCAACUAGAGGAGGAGACUAGGUCUCAGGAUGCCCUGGCCCAUGCCCUGCAGUCAGCCAAGCAUGACUGUGACCUUCUGCGAGAGCAGUAUGAAGAAGAACAAGAGGUCAAGACUGAGCUGCACCGGGCUCUAUCCAAAGGCAGCAAGGAGACAGCGCAGUGGAGAACAAAGUAUGAGCAUGAUGCUAUCCAGAGAACUGAAGACGUGGAGGAAGCCAAGAAGAAGCUGGCGAUUAGAUUGCAGGAGGCUGCGGAAGCCAUGGAGGUGUCCAAUGGUAGGAAUGCCUCCUUGGAGAGGGCCAGGCACAGGCUGCAGCUGGAGCUGGGGGAUGCCCUUUCUGACCUGGGGAAGGCACGCUCUGUGGCAGCGGCCCUGGAGCAGAAGCGGCAGCACACCGACAAGACUCUGGCAGCCUGGAAGCAGAAGCAGGAGGAGGCCCAGGAGCUGCUGCAGGCCUCUCAGAAGGAGGCCCGGGCCCUCAGCACUGAGGCCCUCAGGCUCAAGCAAGCCUGUGAGGAGAGCACGGAGGCCCAGGAGACCCUGAGGAGGCAGAACCAGGACCUUCAGGAACAGAUUUGUAAUCUCACAAACCAAGUGAGAGAAGGGAUCAAGAAUUUAGCUGAAAUGGAAAAGGCCAAGAAAUUGAUUGAACAAGAGAAGAUUGAAGCCCAAGUGAGGCUGGAAGAAGCAGAGGGAGCUCUGGAACGGAAUGAAAGCAAGCUCCUUCAUGUCCAGCUUGAACUCUUGGAGGCUAAGGCAGAGCUGGAAAAAAAGCUGUCAGAGAAAGAGGAAGAGGCAGAGACGCUGAGGGAGAAGCAUCAGCAGGCUAUGGGGUCCCUGCAGUCUAGUCUGGAUUCUGAAGCUUUGAGCAGAAUUGAGGCCACCAGACUGAGGAAGAAGAUGGAAGGGGACCUCAAAGAGACAGAGCUUCAGCUUUGCGCUGCCAACCGGCAGGUGUCACAAACAACUAGAGCCUUUGGCCAGCUUCGGGAUCAAAUGAAGGACCUUCAGCAGCAACUGGAUGACAGUGUGUUCCAGAACAAGGACCUGAAGGAGCACGUGGCCCUGGCUGAGCAGCACAAUACUCUUCUUCAGUCUGAAGUGGAAGAGCUGAGGUCCCUGCAAGAGCAGACAGAGCGUGGACGCAAGCUGGCAGAAAAAGAGCUCCUGGAAGCCACAGAACAAAUCAAUCUUUUCCAUACCCAGAACACAAGCCUCCUCAGCCAGAAGAAGAAACUGGAAGCUGAUGUUGCUCAGAUACAGAAGGAAGCUGGAGAGAUGUUGCAAGCAUGUCAAAAGGCCGAAGAAAAGGCCAAGAGGGCAGCUGCUGAGGCAGCCAACAUGUCAGAAGAGCUGAAGAAAGAACAAGACACUAAUGCUCACUUGGAGAGGAUAAGGAAGAAUAUGGAGCAGACAAUUAAAGACUUGCAAAAAAGGCUGGGUGAAGCUGAACAGACAGCUGUGCUGGGGAACAAAAAACAAAUCCAGAAACUGGAAUCCAGGGUGCGGGACCUGGAAGCUGAACUGGAAGGUGAACUCAGGCGCAGUGCAGAUGCCCAGCGGGAGGCUCGCAGACUGGAGAGAGGCAUCAAAGAGCUGACAUAUCAGGCAGAAGAAGAUAAGAAACAUCUAAGCAGGAUGCAGGCUCUGUCAGAUAAACUUCAGCUGAAAGUGCAGAGUUACAAGCAGCAAGUGGAAGCAGCGGAGGCACAAGCUAACCAAUAUCUUUCCAAGUAUAAGAAGCAGCAAUACGAGCUGAAUGAAGCCAAGGAGAAGGCAGAGGCUGCAGAAUCUCAAGUCAAUAAGCUCAAAGCUAAAGUGAAGGAGCUUGAGAAAAAGUUUUUGCCACACGAGUGUGGGGGCCUACAGAAUCCAGAGGCUGUUGAGUCCAAUAUGGGUGCUGGGGACCAGAUUCCAGUCCUCUUGAACAGUAGCGAGUGCUCUUAA